AUGGAUCACACAAUGAAGAUAUUCAGAUGCGAAUCGCUUGAGGAAUGCAAGGGCAGGAAUGAUAACGUCUAUAUGAAACUCAAAACAGCUGAAAGUAGAAACGAAAUUGAAGGUAGGUCGGCCCUUCAUUUAGCCGCAGCCCGAGGAAACGUUUGUUGUUGUGAAGUGUUAUUAAGUAACGGUGCGUCUCCAAGAUUGCAGGAUUUAAUAUCUAGAGCUACCCCUCUUCAUAUUGCAGAAACACUUGAUCAUUUGUUUGAUUUUUUUCACACUACAUUUGUGCUAUUUGAUUUUGUGCCAUUAACAAACCUAGCCUAUUCUGGCUUCUGGCCUUGA